ACGGAAGGGCGAGGCGCUCGCAGGCGGUGGGGAGUCGAGUGGAGGCGACGUCCGCCCCUGGGCGCGGAGAGAGCAGCUACCUGUGGCAUGGGAGAAGAUCUUCUUGUUCAAGAGCCUAAAAGCAUUUAAAGUUUACAGAAUGAAAAGAUGGCACAAGCGAUGCUGGUACCACCAGGAUCUGGCAGCUUCUUCUGUUUCACCAAAGAAUCUCUUGCAGCUAUCGAAAAACGUAUUGCUGAUGAAAAAACUCAUGAUGACGAGCAUAAAGAUGAUGGUGGUCAUGAGGAAGAUCACCCAAAGCCAAGUCCUGACUUAGAGGCAGGAAAGACACUGCCAUUUAUUUAUGGUGAUAUUCCUCCGGGAAUGGUAUCUGUGCCCCUGGAGGACCUGGAUCCAUAUUAUAUCAAUAAAAAAACUUUUAUAGUAUUGAAUAAAGGGAAGACAAUCUUCAGGUUCAGUGCCACACCUGCCUUGUACCUUUUAUCUCCUUUCAAUAUUGUUAGAAGAAUAGCUAUUAAGAUUUUGGUUCAUUCAUUGUUCAGCAUGCUCAUUAUGCUCACUAUUUUGACAAACUGUGUUUUUAUGACAUGGAGUAACCUUCCAGAGUGGGCAAAGAAUGUAGAAUACACUUUCACUGGAAUUUAUACUUUUGAGUUUCUGGUAAAAAUCCUUGCAAGAGGCUUCUGUAUAAAUGAUUUUACUUGCCUUCGUGACCCCUGGAACUGGCUCGAUUUUGUUGUCAUUUCCUUUGCGUAUAUAACAGAAUUUGUAAACCUAGGCAAUGUUUCAGCUCUUCGAACUUUCAGAGUAUUGAGAGCUUUGAAAACUAUUUCUGUAAUUCCAGGCUUGAAGACUAUUGUUGGAGCCUUAAUUCAGUCUGUGAAGAAGCUCUCAGAUGUAAUGAUUUUGACUGUGUUUUGCCUGAGUGUAUUUGCACUAGUAGGGCUGCAGUUGUUCAUGGGCAAUUUGAAGAAUAAAUGCUUGUUCUGGCCAUCAGACAAUUCAACAUCUUUUGAAAAUUACCUAGCUCCAUACUUUAAUGGCACGGAGUUUGACUGGACAGCAUACAUUGAGAAUGAAAGUAAUUUCUAUCGCUUAAAAGGACAAAAGGAUUAUCUACUUUGUGGCAAUAGCUCAGAUGCAGGUAAAUGUCCAGAAAAGUUUAUCUGUGUGAAAGCUGGUAGAAACCCCAACUAUGGAUACACAAGUUUUGAUACAUUCAGUUGGGCAUUCUUGUCACUGUUUCGACUUAUGACACAGGACUACUGGGAAAAUCUUUAUCAGCUGACACUACGAGCUGUUGGCAAAGCAUACAUGAUAUUUUUCGUUCUGGUAAUUUUUCUGGGUUCUUUUUAUCUGAUUAACUUAAUUUUGGCUGUGGUUGCCAUGGCCUAUGAAGAACAAAAUCAAGCAACUCUGGUUGAAGCAGAACAGAGGGAGGCAGACUUGCAGCAGAUGCUUGAACAGCUGAAGCAGCAGCAAGAAGCAGCUCAGGCAAUAGCAGCUGCAGCAGAGAUGACUGAGUACAGCGGUGAAAGUGGGAUUGGUGGACCCUCAGAUAGUUCUUCAGAAGCAUCCAGGAUUAGCUCAAAAAGUGCCAAAGAGAGAAGAAAUAGAAGGAAGAAAAGAAGGCAGAAGGAGUUCUCUGGAGAUGAGGAUGACAUGAAGGAUGAAAAGGUUCCAAAAUCUGAAUCAGAUGGCAGUAUCAGAAAGAAAGGUUUCCGUUUUUCUUUGGAUGGGAACAGACUUGCUUAUGGGAAGCCGUUCACAUCACCGCACCAGUCUUUACUGAGUGUUCGUGGUUCCCUAUUUUCUCCCAGACGUAGUAGCAGAACAAGUCUCUUCAGUUUUAGAGAAUACGGAAGAGAUAUAGGAUCUGAAAAUGACUUUGCUGAUGAUGAGCACAGCACAUUUGAGGAUACUGGGAGCAGAAGAGGUUCUCUCUUUUUGCCACGCAGGCAUGGUGAACGGCGCAGUAGUAACAUUAGUCAGGCCAGUAGACCCUCAAGAAGGCUGGCAGUGUUUCCAGUGAAUGGGAAGAUGCACAGCACUGUGGAUUGCAAUGGAGUGGUUUCCUUAGUGGAUGGACCACCAAGUCUGUUGUUGCCUACUGGACAGCUUCUGCCAGAGGUGAUAAUAGAUAAACCGACAACUGAUGACAAUAGCACUACUACAGAAACAGAAAUAAAAAAGAGGUCUACAAGUUCCUAUCAGAUACCAGUGGAGUUGCUGGAGGACCCUGAUUUAAGGGAAAGAGCCAUGAGUAUAGCUGGCAUUAUCACAAAUACAAUGGAAGAACUUGAAGAAUCCAGACAAAAAUGUCCACCUUGCUGGUAUAAGUUUGCCCACACUUUCUUAAUUUGGAAUUGUUGGGAGCCCUGGUUAAAAGUGAAGAAUAUAGUUGAAUUUAUUGUAAUGGAUCCACUUGUUGACCUAGUUAUAACUGUUUGCAUAAUUUUAAACACGCUGUUUAUGGCCAUGGAACAUUACCCAAUGACUAACAAUUUCUGUAUUGUGCUUAAAAUAGGAAAUCAGGUUUUUACUGGAAUUUUUGCAGCAGAAAUGGUUCUCAAGAUAAUUGCCAUGCAUCCUUUUUAUUAUUUCCAAGUUGGCUGGAAUAUUUUUGAUAGUUUUAUAGUUGCCCUUAGUUUGGUGGAGCUUUUUCUGUCAAAUGUGGAUGGAUUAUCCGUUCUGCGAUCAUUCAGAUUGUUGCGAGUUUUCAAAUUGGCAAAAUCUUGGCCAACUCUAAAUAUGCUGAUUAAGAUUAUUGGCAACUCAGUGGGGGCUCUGGGGAACCUGACCCUGGUGCUGGCCAUCAUUGUGUUCAUUUUCGCUGUGGUUGGGAUGCAGCUGUUUGGGAAAAGCUACAAGGAGUAUGUCUGCAAUAUCUCUGACAGCUGUGAACUUCCACGCUGGCACAUGCAUGAUUUUUUCCACUCUUUCUUGAUUGUAUUCCGAGUGCUGUGUGGAGAAUGGAUAGAAACAAUGUGGGACUGCAUGCAGGUUGCAGGCCAACCCAUGUGCCUUACGGUCUUCAUGAUGGUCAUGGUGAUCGGAAACCUAGUGGUAUUGAACCUUUUUCUGGCCUUGCUGCUGAGUUCAUUUAGUUCGGACAGCCUUUCUCCUACAGAGGAUGAUAAUGAAAUGAACAACUUACAGAUUGCUGUUGCAAGAAUUCAGAAGGGAAUAGAUUAUGUGAAGAAAAAAGCAGGUGAAUGUGUCCGAAAAGCAUGUUGGGGGAAACAAGCUGCUGUAAAUCAAAGAACAGCAACAGAUCAAUUGCAUGAGAGACCUGAGAAAGACCGUUGCAUUUCCAACUGUACCAUUGCUGAAAUAAGGAUAGAUACGAAUUAUCACAAAAAUGAGAAUGGAAUGGCCACUGUUAUAGGUGACAGUGAUUAUACAUCAUUCAUAAACAACCCAAGCCUUACAGUUACAGUACCAAUAGCUGCUGGAGAAUCUGAUUUUGAACAUCUAAAUACAGAAGAGUUUAGCAGUGACUCGGAUUUGGAGGAAAGCAAGGAGAAGCUAAAUUUUUCCAGCUCAUCUGAAGGAAGUACAGUUAAUUUAGCUCUCUUUGGAGAAGAAAAAGCUGAAACUGAACCAGAAAAAGCAUCAGAGGUACAGGCAUGCUUUACAGAAGGCUGUAUACGGAAAUUUAAAUGCUGCAAAGGCAGUAUGGAAAGCACAACAGGGAGAAUCUGGUGGAACCUUCGAAAAACCUGCUACAAGAUAGUAGAACAUAACUGGUUUGAAACAUUCAUUGUCUUCAUGAUUCUUCUCAGCAGUGGUGCUCUGGCUUUUGAAGAUAUAUAUAUUGAACAGCACAAGACUGUAAAAACCAUGCUGGAAUAUGCUGAUAAAAUCUUCACUUACAUCUUUAUUCUUGAAAUGGUGCUAAAAUGGGUGGCCUAUGGUUUUCAAACCUAUUUCACUAAUGCUUGGUGCUGGUUGGACUUCCUGAUUGUUGAUGUCUCCUUGGUUAGCUUAGUGGCUCAUGCUCUGGGUUUGUCAGAUCUCAGCGCUAUUAAAUCCCUCCGAACAUUGAGAGCUUUGAGACCUCUAAGAGCUUUGUCGCGCUUUGAAGGCAUGAGGGUGGUUGUGAAUGCUCUUACUGGAGCAAUCCCAUCCAUUAUGAAUGUACUUUUGGUUUGUCUUACAUUCUGGCUAAUUUUCAGCAUCAUGGGAGUAAAUUUGUUUGCUGGAAAGUUCUAUCACUGUGUAAACACCACAACUGGUGUGAUGUUCCCUCCAGAGCAAGUCAGUAAUAAAAGUGUGUGUGAAGAUCUUAUGCUCACCCAUGAGGAUGUUCGGUGGAAAAAUGUGAAAGUAAACUUUGAUAAUGUUGGAGCUGGUUAUCUUUCUCUGCUUCAAGUAGCAACGUUUAAAGGAUGGAUGGAUAUCAUGUAUGCUGCGGUUGAUUCUAGAGAAAUAGAAAAGCAGCCCAAGUAUGAGGAUAACCUGUAUAUGUAUAUUUACUUUGUUGCCUUUAUCAUCUUUGGAUCGUUUUUCACCCUAAACCUAUUCAUUGGCGUCAUCAUAGAUAACUUCAACCAACAGAAAAAGAAGCUUGGAGGUCAAGACAUUUUCAUGACAGAAGAACAAAAGAAAUACUACAAUGCAAUGAAGAAGCUGGGAUCCAAGAAACCACAGAAGCCUAUACCUAGACCAGCGAACAAAUUGCAAGGUCUGGUGUUUGAUAUUGUAACAAAGCAAGCAUUUGACAUCAGCAUUAUGGUUCUCAUCUGUCUUAACAUGGUCACCAUGAUGAUAGAAACAGAUGACCAGGGUGAACUGAUGCAAAAUAUUUUAUACUGGAUUAACUUGGUCUUUGUUGUCCUCUUCACUGGAGAAUGUGUCUUCAAACUGUUCUCGCUCCGUUAUUAUUACUUCACCAUUGGCUGGAAUAUUUUUGAUUUUGUUGUUGUUAUUCUUUCAAUAGUGGGUAUGUUUCUAGCUAAGGUGAUUGAAGAGUACUUUGUGUCCCCCACUUUGUUCAGAGUCGUCCGACUUGCCAGAAUUGGCCGAAUCCUGCGUCUCAUUAAAGGCGCUAAGGGAAUCCGCACUCUCCUUUUUGCUUUGAUGAUGUCUCUUCCUGCUUUGUUCAACAUUGGUCUGCUGCUGUUCCUGGUCAUGUUUAUCUACGCAAUAUUUGGCAUGUCCAACUUUGCCUAUGUUAAGAGGGAAGCUGGUAUAGAUGAUAUGUUCAACUUUGAGACGUUUGGCAACAGCAUGAUCUGCCUGUUUCAAAUUACCACAUCUGCAGGCUGGGAUGGUUUGCUAGCCCCAAUUCUCAACAGUGGGGAGCCAGAUUGUGACCCUAACAAAGCUCAUCCAGGGAGCUCCGUUAAAGGUGACUGCGGCAACCCUUCUGUAGGGAUUUUCUUCUUUGUCAGCUACAUUAUCAUAUCAUUUCUGGUAGUGGUGAACAUGUACAUUGCUGUGAUUUUGGAGAACUUUGGUGUUGCUACUGAAGAAAGCGCUGAACCCUUGAGCGAGGAUGACUUUGAGAUGUUCUAUGAAGUCUGGGAAAAGUACGAUCCAGAUGCAACGCAAUUCAUAGAAUAUGAGAAAUUAUCUGAUUUUGCAGCUUCUCUGGAUCCUCCUCUUAAUAUACCAAAACCAAACACAAUUCAACUUAUUGCAAUGGAUCUGCCUAUGGUAAGUGGUGACAGAAUUCACUGCCUUGACAUCUUGUUUGCUUUCACAAAGCGUGUUUUGGGGGAAAGUGAUGAGAUGGAUGCCCUCAGAAUACAGAUGGAAGAUCGGUUUAUGGCAGCCAAUCCUUCUAAAGUCUCUUAUGAACCAAUUACAACUACAUUAAAGCGAAAACAGGAGGAAGUAUCCGCUACUAUCAUUCAGCGUGCUUACAGACGUUAUUUAUUAAGACAUUCAGUAAAAAAACUUUUGUUUAUGUAUCGGAAAGAUGGGGGUGAUCUGCUUAUCAAAGAAGGUAGGAUUAUUGGUAAACUGAGUGAAAACUCACCUCCAGAGAAAAUGGAUAUGUCUGCAUCUUCCACAUCUCCGCCUUCUUAUGAUAGUGUAACAAAACCAGAAAAAGAAAAAUAUGAAGAUGACAAUUUGGAAAAAGAAGAUAAGAGGAAAGACAGAAAAGGAAAUAAAAAGUGAAAGAGAGGUUGUGCAUGAUGAAUGUUCACAAGCCUGAUAAAAUUACAUUUUUAUCAAUAGACCUCUUAUUGAAGGAUUAUGCCAAAAUUACAAGUUUUUACGUAUUUACUCACUGCUACAGUCAGUGCCUGUACAAAGACAAUGAUUCUUGACUCACAUACUCUUGGUCUGUAACAGGGAAACAACUUUGCAGAAGAAAAGCUUUCAUUAUCAUCUGGCGCUAAUGGAGAGGAAACAAAGUUUCUACUUUGACUGUGGGAACCCUUAAUGGAGUGCAUACCAGUCCUAAUAAAUCUGUAUUUUUGUGGAAUAAGUACAUCCACUGUGUACAUUUUGUCUCCUGUGUAUGUUCUGUGUGUGCCAGUUUUUUUCAUGAUCUCAUUUGCUUUAAUUCAUGUACUACUAUUUGUCAUUCUGCUGUGAUGAGAAAAAAACCCUAAAUACUCUUGUAGAGAAACACUGUCAAGAAUGUGUAAUUAUGACAUCAAAAUGUGAACAUAGUUCUCCUCAAGCCACUUCUAAAAGCAGAAAACCAAGAUUCCAGAUUAUAGAACCUCAGGAUCUAGAUCAAGUAACAGCAGAUAUGAAAAAGCACUGAGUAUAGAUAGAGAAUAUAUCAUAAAACAGAACAAUUUCACAGAAAAGAGGUUGGUAGAUUAGUCUCUUGUUCUAAGAUACUUAUGUUUGAUACUUCUUAGUAAUUCUUAAUUUAUUAUACAGUCCAUUUCAGAUGCAUUGAUAUAGAGAAAGGAUGCCACACACACAACUGCUGUUUUGAAAGAUGUGAAACUAUGAUGAAAACAUAGUUAAUUUCAGCAUCCAUGAUAUCUCAUAAUUUCUGAGAUUUUUUAAACAUUUUCACAGAAAAGCUAUGAAUGCCAAGUUGUGCCUACAGGGAAUUACUGAAAUAAAGAAAGUGGCAGUCUUUUUUUUUUUUUUCUUUU